CGGAGCGAGCGCCUCAAAAGCUCGGGUUUCUCAGCUGAUUGUCUCCAGCCGAGAGUUGUUUUCUGCUGCUGCGGAGCCGAGCCGCGGCCGGAGGAGCCGAGCCCCCCGGGGGGAAGGGGAAGCGGGCCCGAGGGCAGCCGCGGCCAUCGCGCGGGGCUGCGACUCCUGUCACGGCGCUGCCCGGGGCCGCAGGCUGGGGCGGGCGGGAGGUCCGGGGGGCGCUCGGGCCGCUUCCUUCCCGCGCUCCCUCCCCGCUGCUCGCGUCCCCUCAUGAGGGUAUCAGUGCCCGGGCCGGCGGCCGCCGCGGUCCCCACGGCCGGCCGCGAACCCUCGACGUCCGGCGGGGGCGCCGUCGCGGCCUCGGGCGCCGCGUUUCCCGGUUCGGUGCAGCUGGCGCUGAGCGUGCUGCACGCGCUGCUCUACGCCGCGCUCUUCGCCUUUGCCUACCUGCAGCUGUGGCGGCUGCUCCUGUACCGCGAGCGGCGGCUCAGUUACCAGAGCCUCUGCCUCUUCCUGUGUCUCGCGUGGGCAGCGCUCAGGACCACGCUCUUCUCAGCCGCCUUCUCCCUCAGCGGCUCUCUGCCCCUGCUGCGGCCACCCUCUCGCCUGCACUUCUUCCCGCACUGGCUGCUCUACUGCUUCCCCUCCUGCCUACAGUUCUCCACGCUCUGUCUCCUCAACCUCUACCUGGCAGAGGUGAUAUGUAAAGUCAGAUGUGCCACUGAACUUGACAAACACAAAAUUCUACUGCAUUUGGGCUUUAUACUGGCAAGCCUCCUCUUCUUAGCAGUGAACUUGACCUGUGCAAUGCUAGUCCACGGAGAUGUCCCAGAAAAUCAAUUGAAAUGGACUAUGUUUAUUCGAGCACUAAUUAACGAUAGCCUGUUUAUUCUCUGUGCCAUCUCUUUAGUUAGUUACAUAUGCAAAAUUACAAAAAUGUCAUCAGCAAAUGUCUACCUCGAAUCAAAGGGUAUGUCUCUGUGCCAGACUGUCAUCGUGGGCUCUGUAGUCAUUCUUCUCUACUCUUCCAGAGCUUGUUAUAAUCUGGUAGUGAUCACCAUAUCACAGGAGACCUUAGAGAGUCCAUUUAAUUAUGGCUGGGAUAAUCUUUCAGAUAAGGCUCAGGGAGAAGACGGAAAUGGAGGAGACUACAUUGUCUUUGGAAUGGUCCUCUUUCUGUGGGAGCAUGUACCAGCAUGGUCAGUGGUACUAUUUUUCCGGGCACAGAGAUUAAACCAGAAUCUGGCACCUGCUGGCAUGAUAAGCAGCCACAGCUACAGCUCCAGGGCUUUCUUUUUCGACAAUCCAAGACGGUAUGACAGUGAUGACGACUUGCCAAGACUGGGGAGCUCACGGGAAGGAAGUUUAUCAAACUCGCAAACUUUGGGCUGGUACGGCACCAUGACUGGGUGUGGCGGCAGCACAUACACGGUCACACCCCCACUGAAUGGACCUGUGACAGACACUGCUCCUUUGCUCUUCACGUGCAGUAAUUUAGAUAUAAGGAAUCACCAUAGCUUAUACGUAACUCCACAGAACUGAUGGCUUCCCUACGGCUGAAGUCUCAAACUGUUUUUCAUGAAUGUGUAUGUGUAUUCAACAUCUUUACAACCAUCUGCAUCAACACUGCACCAUCUAUUGCAACUAACAAAAGUCUGGAAAUAUAGCUGUUUCAUGGUUCUCCGUGUUUUGACCUCUGCAUAGUGAAACGUGAAGUCUGGAGUUGAUUAGACGCUAAGGUAUUUGAUGACCUCAGAACCUCCUAACUUUGGAACAUCGAGCGCACAUUUGCAUAUUUGCACUUUUACCUAUGUUUGGAAAGACUACUCCGUCAUACCCAAAGCCACACUCGAGGAUUCACACCAGAAUAUCAUUGUACACUAAAUCAGGAGGCAGUUUUCCACAAAAAUCAAAACCUAGAAGCCCGAUGGUGUACUCAACCUUACCCAGUGACAGCUUUAAAGUGUGAUCAGUGCACAGAAUUGAGGCUUAAAAAUGCAUUCUUCUUUUUUUUUUUAAUCUAAAAAUACGUAACACUUAAGACAGUUUUUUAAAGCAUGCUUUGAAAAAUGUCAAUUGAAAUUACUCCAUUAUUUUAAACAAGUGAUAGUAGAAAUCCUUUAUGGUGCUGCUGGCUGGCAGUGUUCUUUGGAAAGCCAGAGGGGUUUCUUAAAAGGAACAGUAAGCCAGUGGAGACUGUGUGGCUUUGAAGAGGGCUGGUCAAGUGGCUAUCUUGUGACUAAGUAGAAGUUUAAGCAUGACUCUUCCAGAAGCAAUAGUGACCUUUGCAUAGGGGGCUUCAGUAGAAUGUCUUGGGACAAAACAAGUUUACAGAGGCAUUGAGAGAUUCUUCAUUGAAAAAAAGAAGUGAUAAGUUAAAAACAGUUAUACUUUCAAAAAGCAUCAAUUUAUCUGAAAGGAGAUGGGGCUCAUCCUACCGUCCGAGGCAAGACUGUCCUCAGGUAAAUUAAAUCAUGAGACAUCUCACAGUGAGCUAAAGUGCAAUACUCUACAAGAUGUAUGUAAAAUCCCGCCUUUAUUUUCACAUUUUAUACUUUGGAUAUGGCCUAAGCCAAAUUAAAUUAAUUCCAAUCAAUUCCAGCAUGGAAUUAACAAGCAAACAGGAGAAAUGUUAAGAGAUUAACAACAUUGGAAUAUUUUAGGAUUUCAUUAAAACUAUCUUAAAUAUGAUAUUGUAAGCCGUGUGCCUGUGCACGCUUACGUGCACCCUUGUGUUCAUGUGGACACACAAACAUAACACACACACAGUAGUAGGCCCAAACAACACAAAAUUUUAAAAUGUACUUUCUACCGGUGUCUAUAUGGAAAGUAGAUGCUGAAUACCUCAGAUUCCGAGGGGACAGGCUGUUUAUAGGAGGUUGUCACACAGGUAAACAUGGCCCCACAUAGGAUCUACCAACUGCUUUGGAACUGGGACGAACACAGCUGCCCUCUCCUGUCUACUGUGACUAGAAACUGUCUUAUUUGUACUCAGACCUAAAAUAUCUUUCAGCUUUUUGAUGACUAAUGCAGCAACUUCACAAAAGAAUAUGUGAACACAUUGUUAAUCCUUCCCAUCUUCUGAGAUGGUACAAAGCCAAAUACUUUUCUUCUUUUUAUGAGCAACAGAUUUUAAAUUCAAUCAGAAGCAUAAUUAAUAUACAUGGCAUUUGUUUAUAAGUUCUUAUUGUAACAAAUCAUUUAAACUUUUAUAGUACAGAAGUUAGCCUUGGUACUAAGAUACAACCUAACGACAUAGUCUACCACCAUGGGUUUCAGUUAUUCAGUUUCUCAGAAUGCCAGUUGUUUAAUAUUAGGUAUCUAACUCUAUUGUCUUUGUUAAUCUCUGGGUUCAAGGUUUUUUCUAGCUAAGCUUCUAUAUACAAACCUCCUGUUUGACAAAGUAAACAAGGAUUACUUAAACACUUCAGAUAGUGUUUCAGUUCUUUUAGCGCACUGGUUGACUAUACUGAAUUUAAGAUUUGUCAAUUCAUCAAAUUUAUCACUGUUUUUUUUUUUUUUUAAACAGGAUGUCUGUAUG